AUGUCCAACCGCGCUGAAAGAGACGCCGAGGACCGCUACGAAAGAGACAAUGAUGCCUCACCUGUGACAAGAUCCUUCGCAGAUGACUCCUAUGCGAAUGAGACAGACCCAGAUCUGAAAGAUCAGGUGCCUGUCCAGCGAGACACCCAGGAAUAUGAUGAUCCUAUGCAACCUCCCUACUCCAACUCCGAUGAACAACUUGAGAAGGAUGAAAAUGAAGCGAUCGAUCGAUCCAACGUGUUGAAGGGUGACCGCCUCCGUCAUGCAAAGCCUAGAACUGCGAAUAAGUACAGUGAGGGGCCUGAUGAAGAUGAUCUUCCAGCUGAGGCUCAGUAA